AUGGGUUUCUAUCAUUAUCCAACGCCAUUGUCAGGUAUACCUACCGAUAAAGUUGUAGAAAAGUACAAUGGGAAUAAUCACAAGUUAAACGAACAAGUACUCUCAAAUGCAAAAGACUUCCACAAUGAGAUAGUAGAAUCACACCUAGAUGUAGUUGAAGUACCUAUAAAAGGUAAAAGUGUCCAGAUUCAGACCUGUCACAAUAUAAGGAGCGAAGUACGAAAUGAGAAAUUCGUUCUUAUGAUCCAUGGACUGGGUGGGAACUUGACACAUUUCGAACCUCUAAUAAGUAGGUUUAGCGAGGAUAACACUCCUUUUAUCACCUUGGAUCUCCCGGGCUUUGGAGAUUCGGGAAAUCUAGAUCGCUAUGACAUGAAUGACGUUACAAGUGUAAUAUGUGAGCUGGUCUACAAGGUAUGUCAUCAACAUCAAUUUAAGUCAGUCGACAUAAUUGGCCACUCUAUGGGGUGUAUCUUAGCUGCCCAUGUAUCUAAAAAGAUAAAGUAUAAAUGCGCUCAAUUAAUCUUUCUUGGAACUCCUCCGAUGGAAAAUAAAGCACUACAAAACCCUUUAGUCAGGCUGAUAUUAAAACUUCUUUGGUUUUUCCCCGGAAUAUUUGAUUUCUACAGAGUGAAAUUCGAUCAGAGCAAAGGUUUAGACAGUAGUGGAAUUCGGAAAUUUUAUUACCGCUCGGGAAACACGUAUGGAAAAUUGUACCAGUUCUACAGAAAUAUUCAAAUAAAGUCAAAGACCCUUGUGGGAUACUUUCUGGGAUGGCAUGACGUGCAACUUUCAGAAUUAAAUGCUGACGUUCCUAUACACCUUAUACACGGUGAUAAAGAUGAAGUAUGUACUUUGGAAAAGCUUCAAAAAUGGACAAGGCUAGAAAAUAGUACUUUGGAUGUGAUUCCUGACUGUUCGCACAACUGCUUGCUAGACGCUACGUCGGAGACGCUAGAAUUAAUAAAUAAGUACCUUCAAAUAGGAAAAUAG